UGGCUUGGAUUCUCAAACGAUAUGGCAACGCAGCAGGUUCAAAAUGGCCGAGAGUGAGAAGGUGGAGAACGCUUUUUCGUGUGUGUCUCCUGGCGUCAAUUCUAACGCACACAACAGUGAAACCGAUUCGUUGGACGACGAGAAUAUGACUUUUCAAGCUUCCAACGAAAGUUUGGAUUCCGUUGGAAAUGCCCAAUUAGACACACUGUCAGCACCUGGAGGGAGAGAAGUGACCAAAGGAAAGAAAAUGGGCAGGCGUUCCAAUCAGAAGAAAACAGGGGGGGUUACCUACCUGGCGCCAUUUGUCCGUGGAAGGCCGGACGAGUGAUUUCCCGUGUCCAUUUAUAUCUGUUGUUUCGAUCCGUAGUUGCGUCGUCUUGUUAAAUACGAAAGAAGCAGAAGGUUAUCGUCUCCAUGUUUUCUGCAAGCGCUGGGGUCACUUGCGGCCGACAUUUUAUUUGUUUUUAUUUAAUUUUUUAUUUUUUGGGUCCCGCGUUUCUUCUUUCUUUUUUAACGGCAUAAUCAAAUCGACGAGUUUGAAAUAGAAGAAUUUCCGUCCCAAAUGAAACGCGAAGCUGCAAAGAUAAUGGCGUUCGUAGUCCGCUCUUCUCAUUUUUGUUCAGAGCCUUUGGGCUUUUGGCCUUAAAUUUUCGAGCGGAGGAGGAACACAAAAAAAAUUUACAAGUUAAAGCGUUCAAUUUUGUUUUUUCUUUUUCUUUUUCUUGGUUGUUUUUGUUUUUGUUUUUUUUCCCCCCACAUUUCGAAUGAUGAUGGGGGUAGUAGAGCAGCAGAAGCCAUAACGGAGAGCGGUCAGACACAGCGCAAUAGGCGCAAGGAAAUCAAGUCCAGUUCUUCUUCUUCUCUUUUUUGUGUGUUUUGUUUGAUGGCCUUUUGGGGCGUUGGUAGUGGUGGGUUUGUGUGUCUUGUCAAUGAAAGUAUAGCUAUUUUCUCUUCUCUUUCAGUCUCGCUAAAGGCGAAGUGUUUAGACGAAAAUGAAGUCAGGAGAAAGAAAGAAAAAAAUGAAAUUUUUGUUGGGGGUCUAUCUCUUUUUUCUUUAUUUUUUUUUUUUUCCUUUUUGAAAAGAAGAAAUCUUAUGAUGGUUUAAAAAAAAUAAUAAUGUUUCAAUGUUUAAGAGAUUAGGGCAUACCACCACGUCAGCUAAAUAAGAAGAGGUUUGUUGUUGUUGUUGUGAGCGGUAGUAGUAGUGGCGGAGGAGGAUGCGCAAGUUGUCUCCUGGUGCAAGGCUAAAGCAACAGGUGAGCGUAUACGUAUACCUGGAGGCUUCAGCCGCUGGCCUCCUCCUCCCCCCCCCCUUCCCCCCAUUUCUUGGAUGGAAUAGGAACAGAAAAGCUGGCGGGAAAUAACGCAUUCUUCCAUCUCUUUUUCUUUCUGCGUUCCUCUUCUUCGUUCUUCUCAUUUUCUCUUUCGUUCUCUUAUUUUCGGAAGAAGAAAGAAAGAAAGAAAGAAAAGUUCGAAAUUCCACACUCGUAUGUUUUCUUUUGCGUCUUGCUACGCGCGUGCAUGUGUCUAGUAGGAGGAGGAGGAGUUGGGCAGUCGCCGCCCCGUAAUACAUGGAAGUCGUGUGUGUGUGUGUGUGUAGUGCUAACUUAAGCUCUGGCAUCAAAAUGCCUCCGAGUAGGGCCGUCGCUCCUCAGUUGACCGUCAAGAGAGCGGCCAAACAGACGGGCUCAAUUUUCGUUUCAAGCCAAGUGGGUGAAUCUCUUUGACGGACGGACGGACGGACGGGUGGCGGUCCGCAAUAAUUUUUUGAGCGAUUGUGUGAAAGAAUCCCCCCCU